AUGGCCCGGAGCCGGCCCGCGUCCCGUUGGACGCUAUUCCUCUCUUUACUGGUUCUUAUCGGGUGCAUUGUUGUCCCCGGUGCGACCGUGAAGCAUGAAAACUUCAAAACAUGUGACCAAUCCGGAUUUUGCAAGCGAAACCGGGCUCUCGCCGACGAUGCCUCCGCCAAAGGUACAUCAUGGAGCUCCCCGUACGAGCUUGACCCGACCUCUGUACAGUUCAAGGACGGUCAAUUGACCGGUACCUUGAUUAAGACUACCACCACAAAUGAUAAAGUCCGUUUGCCUGUCAUCGUAUCUUUCCUGGAAUCCGGUGCCGCACGCGUGAUCGUCGACGAAGAGAAGCGCAUGAAGGGUGAGAUCGAAGUCCGACACAACAGCAAGGUGAACAAGAAGCGGUACGAUGAGACCGAGAAAUGGGUCCUUGUUGGAGGACUGGAAGCAAGCAAGUCCGCUGCGCUGAAACCUGAGACCGAAGCUGGAUUCACCAAGGUCCAGUAUGGGCCAGGUGACAAGUUCGAGGCUGUAAUUCGUCACUCUCCAUUUGAGCUGGAAUUUCAGAGGGAUGGCGAAACACAUGUUCAGCUGAACCACCAAGGCCUUCUGAAUAUGGAGCACUGGCGUCCUAAGGUCGAGAAGGAAGGAGAGUCUGAGUCCCCGUCCGCUGAGGAUGAAAGCACUUGGUGGGAGGAGAGCUUUGGUGGUAACACCGAUUCCAAACCUCGUGGCCCUGAGAGUGUUGGUAUUGAUGUGACCUUCCCCGGUUACAACCAUGUAUUCGGAAUUCCUGAGCAUGCGGAUUCGCUUUCGCUCAAAGAGACCAGGGGAGGUCCCGGAAACCACGAGAACCCAUACCGCAUGUACAAUUCCGAUGUCUUCGAGUAUGAGCUUAACAGCCCAAUGACCCUGUACGGCGCUAUUCCUUUCAUGCAGGCGCACCGCAAGAACUCCACGGUCGGUGUCUUCUGGCUCAAUGCUGCUGAAACCUGGGUCGACAUCGUAAAAAAGACCGCCUCGUCAAAUCCGCUUUCUUUGGGCGCCAGCUCAAAGACCAACACGCACACUCAUUGGUUCUCCGAGUCUGGCCGAAUCGAUCUUUUCGUUUUCCUUGGCCCCUCCCCCGGGGAGAUCAGUAAGACAUAUGGAGAACUUACUGGCUAUACUCAACUGCCCCAGCACUUCGCCAUUGCUUAUCAUCAAUGCCGUUGGAACUAUGUCACCGACGAGGAUGUAAAGGAAGUGGAUGCCAAGUUUGACAAAUAUCAGAUCCCUUAUGACGUGAUCUGGCUUGAUCUUGAAUAUACCGACGACCGCAAGUACUUCACUUGGGACCCGCUUACUUUCCCCAACCCGAAAGGCAUGCAGGAGAAGCUUGAUGAAUCUGAGCGGAAGCUCGUAGUACUUAUCGAUCCGCACAUCAAAAACAAGGAUAACUACUAUGUUUCGCAGGAGCUUAAUAGCAAGGGUCUUGCUGUUCAAAACAAGGACGGUGACGUUUAUGACGGUUGGUGCUGGCCCGGUUCUUCGAACUGGGUUGAUUGCUUCAACCCCGCUGCAGUGCAGUGGUGGAACAGUCUCCACAAGUACGACAAGUUCCAGGGAUCGAUGUCCAACCUGUUCAUUUGGAAUGAUAUGAACGAGCCUUCCGUUUUCAAUGGGCCGGAAACCACUAUGCCUAAGGAUAAUAUCCACCAUGGCGACUGGGAACACCGUGAUAUCCACAACGUGAACGGUAUCACCCUCGUCAAUGCUACUUACCAGGCCUUGCUGGAGCGCAAGAAGGGUGAAGUCCGCCGGCCAUUCAUUUUGACCCGCUCAUACUACGCCGGAGCUCAGCGCAUGGCUGCUAUGUGGACUGGCGACAACCAGGCCACCUGGGAUCACUUGGCCAUGUCCUUGCCAAUGGUUUUGACCAACGGCAUUGCCGGAUUCCCCUUUGCUGGUGCUGAUGUUGGCGGCUUCUUCCAUAACCCGGAUAAGGAGCUGUUGUCGCGAUGGUACCAAGCAGGAAUUUGGUACCCAUUCUUCCGCGCUCACGCUCACAUUGAUACUCGGCGCCGUGAACCCUACUUGAUCAGUGAGCCGCACCGGACUAUCAUUUCUCAGGCUAUCCGCCUGAGAUAUCAGCUUCUGCCUUCCUGGUACACAGCUUUCCAUGAGGCUUCGGUUAACGGUACACCGAUCGUGCGGCCCCAGUACUACAUGUUCCCCGAAGAUGAGGCAGGCUUUGCCAUCGACGACCAGCUGUACCUGGGCUCUACAGGUCUUCUCGCGAAGCCCGUGGUGACUGAAAACACAUUCACCACCGACAUUUACAUUGCCGACGAUGAGAAGUACUAUGACUACUUUGACUUCACUGUCUACCAGGGCGCAGGCAAGAAACACACCGUCCCCGCCCCUGAAGACAAGAUUCCCUUGUUGAUCCAGGGUGGUCACAUCGUCCCCCGUCGGGACCGCCCUCGUCGCAGCAGUGCCCUCAUGAAAUGGGAUCCGUACACUCUCAUUCUGACAUUGAACAAGAAUGGCGAAGCCGAGGGUACUCUCUACGUUGAUGAUGGCGAGACCUUUGACUAUGAGCGUGGCGGCUAUAUCCACCGCCGCUUCCUGUUCCGUGAUUCAACCUUGUCGUCCGAAGACCUUGGUACCAAGGGACCCAAGACUGCCGAGUAUUUGAAGACCAUGGCUGGCGUUACUGUAGAGCGUCUUAUUGUUGUUGACCCGCCCAAGGAGUGGAAGGGCAAGAACACUGUGACCAUCAUUGAGGAUGGGGCUAAGGCUGCCACCACCGCAUCGCUAGAGUACUUUGACCAACAAGGCGGAAAGGCAUCUUAUGCCGUUGUCAAGAGCCCCAAUGUUGGAAUUGGAAAGGCGUGGCGGAUAGAAUUCUAA